CUUCUUCGCGAUAAACGAAAUGGAACGUAUCAUAUUCUUCGCUUUGGACUAUCCUUCUCUGCGAAAUUUCAUGGGGUCUUCGACUCAGUUCGCCAACAAUGAACUCAACCAGUCAAAAGCGAGUCGGUGGGGAAUGAAACCUAAUUCAAGUCGGUCUUGGCUAUAAAUCCCAGAAGAAACUGAGCGUUAAACCCAUUUUCUUUCGGUUCUCUCGAGCACUUGAGCACUGACAGCGACUCCGUACUCGGGCCUGGCCGCCAAGUGGCCAGAAGAGAAUCCGAGGGUGGUGGUGCAGGCUCAUGAAAGGCUUCCACACGAUGCUUUGAAGAUACUGACGUUGGGCGCUUUAUCUACCCGGCCUACUGUUAAUUUGCUGGAUUUGUCUCAUUUUCCCGAUCCAAUCUAACUCGACCGCAACCAGCACCUCCUUUUCCAUGGCUGAUCAAACCUUUCCAUCAUCUUCCAAGCCUCAUUCGAAUCAUUGGGAUCGCGAUGUCUUUCUGAGCUUCAGAGGCGAAGACACCCGCAAGAACUUCACCGAUCAUCUCUACUCUGCCUUGGUGCGUGCAGGAAUUCACACUUUCCGAGAUGACGAUGACCUCCCACGAGGGGAGAACAUCUCUACUGAACUGCUGAACGCCAUUCGUGGAUCAAGGAUUUCUAUUGUAGUUUUCUCUAAAGGUUAUGCUACUUCCAAGUGGUGCCUUGAUGAGCUUGCGGAGAUCCUGAACUGUACGAAAACCAGAGGUCACACUCUUCUUCCCAUAUUUUAUCAUGUGAAUCCCUCAGAUAUACGGAAACAGACGGGAACUGUUGCCAAAGCAUUUGCUAAGCACGAAAAGCGCUUUCAAGCGGAUAUGGAGAGGGUGCAGAGGUGGAGAAAGGCUCUUACCGAAGCUACAGACUGUGCCGGUUGGGAUCUCGACGGUAUUGCAAAUGGGUACGAAUCAAACUUCAUUGACCAAAUUGUUGAAGAGGUUUUCUGUAAAGUAAGACCUGAUGGUUUAUGUGUUGCAGAAAAACCUGUGGGAUUAGAUUCUCGUGUUGAAGAGAUGAAAGCUUUAUUAAGUCUUGGAACAAGUGACAUUCGCAUUGUAGGCAUCUAUGGGAUGGGUGGAAUAGGUAAAACAACCCUCGCAAAAGCUGUCUAUAACCAAAUAUGUAAUAGAUUUGAAGGAAGCAGUUGUCUUUUGAAUAUUAAAGAAAAUUCAGAGCAGUCCAAUGGUUUACUUCAUUUGCUAGAACAACUGAUUUUUGAUAUUUUGAAAAGAAGGAAUUUGAAGGUUAACAGUGUUGAUAGAGCAAUCAAAUUGAUUGAGGAAAAAUGUUUUGGCAAAAGAGUUAUUCUUGUUCUUGAUGAUGUGGAUGACCUGAAACAAAUACAUGCAUUAGCCUUACACUUCGAAUGGCUUGGUCCGGGAAGUAGAGUCAUUGUAACAACAAGAGAUGAACAUCUGCUGACUCAACUCAGAGUAAAUGCCAAAUAUAAGGUUAAAGAAUUAAAUCAGUUCGAGUCUCUUUGCCUUUUGAGAUGGCAUGCCUUUGGGAUGGUCCAUCCAAUUGAAGCCUACCAAGACCUUUCAAGAAGUGCAGUGGAGUAUGCUGGAGGACUUCCAUUAGCUCUUGAAGUUUUGGGUUCUUUUCUAAAAGGAAGAAGUAUUAUUGAAUGGAAAGACGAAUUGAAAAUAUUGCGAAGAAAUCCUCACAACAAAGUUCAAAAAAUACUCCGGAGAAGUUUUGAUUCACUAGAUUAUAGUAGAAAGGACAUAUUUCUUGAUGUCGCAUGUUUUUUUAUUGAUAUGGACAAAGAAUAUGUCAUCAAAAUACUCGAUUGUUGUGGUUUAUUUCCAGCUAGCGGUUUCAGUAUUCUCAUCCAAAGGUCCCUCCUGACGAUUGAUGAGAAAAAUAAGUUGAAGAUGCAUGAUCUGAUUCGAGAUAUGGGAAGAGAGAUUGUUUUUGAGAAGUCACCCAAUAAUCCUGGGAAACGCAAUAGGCUGUGGUUUCAUGAGGAUGUCUUAAAUGUACUGCAUAAACAUACGGGAUCGGAAGAAGUGGAAGGUCUCAGCCUAAAUUUGCCCAUACUUGAAGAUGUACAAACUAAAGCAUUCGCAGGCAUGAAGAAUUUGAGGUUGCUCCAGAUCAAUAGCGUAAACCUCAAGGGAUGCUUCACGCACUUUUCCAGGGAGCUAAAAUGGCUUUGUUGGCAUGAGUGUCUAAAAUGUCUACCACCAAAUUUUCAUCUGGAGAACCUUGUCGUUCUUGACAUGCAGCAUAGUAAUUUCAGACAAGUCUGGAAGGGAAACAAGGUACUUGAUAAGUUAAAAGUUCUUAAUCUUAGUCAUUCCAAAUGUCUAACUAAAUUACCAAACUUCUUACAUGUCCCACAUCUGGAGAUUCUGAUACUUGAAGGUUGCACAAGAUUGGUUGAGGUUCAUGAUUCUAUUGGGCUUCUGAAAAGAGUUAUCUUGUUGAAUUUGAAAGGAUGCGAGAACCUUAAGAAUCUUCCAAAAAGCAUUUACAGCUUAAGGUCUCUUGAAAGUCUUGAUUUAUCUGGCUGCUUAAAACUUGACAAGUUAUCAGAAGAAUUGGGAAACAUGAUAUCUUUGACAGAGCUGCGUGUGGAGGACACCGGUAUUAGGCAAUUACCAUCUUCCUUUGGCCUUCUGAAGAAUCUGAAAACUGUACUUUUAUCUGGAAGUACAGGACACUCAUCAAAAUCUAGGUUGUCACAUUUCUUGCCGUGGAUGUCACCAAAAAGAUCGAACCCCAUAAGUUUGUUGCCUUCUUCUGUUUCUGGGCUGCGUUCUUUGACAGUACUAGUACUCCGUGAUUGCAACUUGUCCGAAGAUGGGAUUCCCAAUGAUCUGGGGGAUUUAUUUUCACUCAAGGCUUUGGAUCUUUCAGGAAACAACUUUCGGAACCUACCUCAGUGCAUCGGUCGCCUUCCUAAAUUAGAUCGUUUGUUUUUGACUAAGUGUACGAGUCUUCAAUCUGUUUCAGAACUCCCCGCAAGUUUACAAGACUUAAAUGCACAUGGCUGCACAUCAAUGGAAAGACUCACAGUCUCAGACCUAAAGGAACUAAGAAAUUUACGUCUUGGUAAGAGCCACAAACUGGUUGAGAUUAAUGGCUUGGAGAGUUCGAAAUAUACGUUAUACAUUCAAAUGCAAGGAUGCAACAAUUUAGCUCGUGAUUACAGGAUGAGCUUUCUCCAGUCAUUGACCAUGGGUGCUUAUUUGGGUGAUCUUAUCGUUCUCCUCCCUGGUAGUGAAGUUCCAAAUUGGUUUAGCCAUCGGUCAACCGGAUCUUCAGUAUCUUUUCAUGUACCUUCGUUUACAGAGGGUGACGUCUGCAUUUUACUUGUCUGUGCUGUUCUUGCAUUCGAUGAAGCAACCGAACCGUUUGUGAAUAAUCCUUUCGUGAGAAUGAUUAAUAAAACUAGAGGCGAGACAUACGGGUAUUACCCAUCAAUCUGUGUUCUUCCUGACCGUCCUUUUACCGUUGAAGAUAAUUUGUUGGUAUUCAAGAUACCGAGUAAUCAAGCGAAGAUGGAAAGUGGAGACGAAAUCGAGGUGUCCGUUGUUCGGAGAAAGAUGGACAUCGAACUUGCGAAACCCGUUGAAGUGAAGAGGUGUGGAAUUCAUCUGCUAGUUUAUGAUCCAGAUGUAAUCAUACGCCAAUUUGGAAGCCGAUUCCAAUGUUUCGAUUCUGAUACAACUAUAGAUGAAGAUGAUGAUGCUCUUAAGUCUUCUCUGUCUUAUUUCAUCAGCAGAUGUUCUAAGGACUGAAAAAUGCUGAAAUCUAUCAUCAAACUGUAGCACGACCCUCCCAAAUAUUAGUUUGGUGGCGGCACCUAAUGCUUAGAAGGAGUCUUCUAUGUUCUGAAGUCCAUGUUCAUAACUGCAUAUACAUGCAUUGUUCAUCAAAAAGUAAGGUUUGAAUGCUGUAUAAAUGUUAUAGAUGGAUAAUCAAUU